AUGCAUUUCAUCAGGACUGUCGUCUCUCUUUUCGCCCUCUCCAGCUUUGCUGCUGCGCAGUAUGCUGAGGAUGAGCACGCCGGCCUCUCCCGUCGCCAACUGGCUGAGGCCCGGGAGGAUUUUCUCGCCGCUCGUGACGAGUACCUUGCCGCUCGAGACGAGUAUAUUGAGAAGCGCGAUCUCUUCCGCCGUGGGCCUCUCUAUGGCAAGUGCGGGAUAGUCCUCAAUCCCAAACCAUCCUCACUUCCAGCCACUAAACCACCUGGAGUCAAGGUCGAGGACCUGAUUUGCGUUUCCGGGAGAAACAACCCUAUAGACCAAAAAAAACCGCCAAAGGUUUAG